AGUAGCUGAUUGAGGCGAGAGAGAUGGCAGGAGGGCAUGGGCAUGGAACGACAUAUAAAGGUGUGACAUUGCAUCAGCCUAAGCGGUGGCAUACGGUCACUGGGAAGGGCAUGUGCGCCAUGAUGUGGUUCUGGAUUCUAUAUAGGGCUAAGCAAGACGGCCCUGUAGUUCUGGGAUGGCGGCAUCCUUGGGAAGGGCAUGGACAUGGAGACGAACAUUAGGUGGACCGAUGAUCGAAAGUGGGCGUAAACCAUCUUGUGGUAGCUUUUCAACACAACCUGCGUUUCCUGCAUACCUUGUUUUUUUGUUGAAUAAAAAUGACAAUUUGGAACUUAUGAACGGCUUCUGUUUCGUUACUCUUGUUUAAAUGGCAGAUUGUGUACUCUUGCACGGUUGCACCCAGGCAGACAUGUAUAUUGAACCCUGUCUUUUUGGGCAAUUUAUGCCACAUUUUAAGCA